UAAAAAAAAGGUAUGAUGUCCAAGAAGAAAGAGAGCAUCGGAAGACAAAAGAUCCCAAUGGUUAAGAUAAAGAAAGAGAGCCACAGGCAAGUCACGUUCUCGAAACGUAGAGCCGGUCUUUUCAAGAAAGCUAGUGAGCUUUGCACCUUGUGUGGUGCAGAGAUUGGGAUCAUCGUGUUUUCGCCUGCGAAAAAGCCGUUCUCUUUCGGCCAUCCGAGUGUCGAAUCAGUACUGGAUCGGUACAUGUCCCGAAACAACAUGUCUUUAGCUCAGACGACGCAACAACAACCGCAAGGAAACCCUGCGGCCGGCUGCGAGCUGAACAUGCAGUUAACGCAGGUUUUGAGCGAGGUAGAGGAAGAGAAGAAGAAAGGUCAAGCAAUGGAAGAAAUACGAAAAGCUAGCGUGAGGCGGUCCGCGACCAAUUGGUGGGAAAAGCCAGUAGAGGAGAUGAAUAUGUUUCAGUUACAAGAAAUGAAAAAUGCAUUGGAAGAGUUGAGGAAGACUGUUGUGGCAAAUAUGGCUCCCUAUACUGAGGUGAAAGAAGAUGUUUAUGGUUUCUUGGACAACAAAGUAGCCACAGCUCCUCAUCCUUACAUGAACAUGUCUUCUGGUCUUUCAAGUAUUUAUAGUUUUGCCAAUGGGAAUAAUUGUUUCUGAUUACAAAAAUUGUUUUCAUUUUUUUUUUUUAUGGG